AUGGAGAACCUCAAGGCUCCCAGAUGUGUGAAACCACUGGCAAUGGAGAAGAUAGCUGAAUGCCGCAUUCACUAUCUCUCUGAUGCUUCUCAAGCAGCAUAUGGUGUGACCGCUUACCCGAGAGUGGUAGACAUGAAGGGCAAGAUACAGUGUCACCUUCUACUGGCCAAGUCCCGUCUUGCUCCCAUCAAGUCAGUGCCCAUACCCAGAUUAGAACUGACAGUAGCAACACUCUCCAUCAAAUUAGACAACAUGAUUCGCCGAGAUCUUGAGCUGCCAGUUGGAGAAUCAGUGUUCUGGACUGACAGCAUGACAGUCCUGAAGUACAUCAACAAUGAUAACAAACGUUAUCAGACAUUCGUUGCCAACAAGGUUGCUACCAUUCGAGAUGGGUCGACACCGUCACAGUGGAGUUACGUAGACACAAAGUCUAACCCGGCCGAUGAGGCAUCCAGGGGUUUGUCAGCUAAUGAACUGCUAGACGACCAUAGAUGGCUACAUGGACCCGAGUUCCUAAAGAGGGAAGAAGCUGAAUUGCCUGCAACGCCAGCGUUGCACAUGAAGGUACCAGAUAACGACUCGGAAGUCAAGAAGGUGCAGACCUGCUUAGCGCAAAUGGGCCAAGUGAUCUCAGUGAUCGAUAGGCUGUUGGAGAGAGGUUCUUCUUGGCAUCGCUUGAAGGAUGUUGCCUGA